AUGUCGGCGCCGGACGCAGAUUCAGCCACCCCUCCAUUCUUCCGCCUCCCGCGCGAGCUGCGCGAUGAGGUCUACGCCUCCGCCCUCGCCCCGCACAACUUCCGCGUCGAGCACGACGAUGAUCACGUCGAGUACAAGUACGACCUGCGACUCAUGCGCGUCAACCGUCAGCUCCACGACGAAGCCACCCAAGUCUUCCGCCGCUUGAAUGUCUUCGCCCGCAUCGAAACCCCGUGGCCCGAGGCAAAGCAGCACAUCUCCGGCGAAGGCCGUGUCCCCAUCGUCGCAUCCGGUCCCGCCGCCGCCAGCUUCUCCGCCGCCCACCUCCGAGUCAACAUUGAGGCAUACCAAUACGCCUUCGGCCACGACGAGACCCACAGCCUGGUCGUCCUAGUCGACCAUCUGCCUCACUUCUGCCGAAUGUGGUACUACUCGGACUUGAGCCACCCCGGUCUCAAUACCCAUCUGCGCCUCACUCUGGCCCUGCAAGAUCCUUUCUCGCCCACGACCGCCGACAACAGGAUACCGCAAGCUCUGAAGCGGAGGAUGCUGGCUCCGUUCGGGGACAUCAAGCACCUGCAUGCCUUGCGUAUAGAAGGCCAGGCUGACGCGUCGUUAGAGGCCGAACUGCGCAGUGCCCAGGCUGUGCCUUACAAGACGGCCGAAGAAUGCUUGGAGGAAGCAUCCCGGCUCAAGGACGAGGGAAACGCCGCUCUUCAGAAGAACCAAUUUCGCGAAGCAUUGCGCUUGUACGAAGAGGCAUUUCUGGCCAUGCACAUCGUCGUGUCCGGCAAGAGGCGCUCUAUUUGGGGCAAUGCCUACUUCGAGACACACCUGCACGAAGGUCAAUUUGCCGACCAGUACGGGCAGCUGGUACGGCUCGUCUUGCGGGUCAAGCUUGUCGCGAAUACCACUCUGGCCUACCUGAAGCUGGAGGAUUACCACAUGACCAAGUUUUGGGGCAUGCGCAGCAUCCAGCUUAUGCGCGAUGGCAUGGGCAUCGAGAACGACGAUGACGACCAGCCGAUGCCGGGCUUUGCUGCUGCCAAUGAGAUGGGCAAGAUUUACUAUCGGACAGCCCUCGCUUGCAAAGCUCUUGAUGAAACAGAGCAGGCAAGAAAGCUCUUGCGCAUCGCUGUUCAAUACCUACCAAGAGAUCCUCACGUCCAAGCGGCCUUGGCUUCUGUUGCCCUGAGAAUUUAG